AGAGAAAAACAUGGACAUUUUGGCUGGAAUGAAACUUGAAAAACUUGACAAGUCGUUGGUCGACGCAACUGAAGCUCUUGCAGGAAAACUCGUCGGAUUCUACUUCUCAGCUCAUUGGUGUCCACCAUGCCGCGGCUUCACACCGAUUCUUAAGGAUUUCUACGAGGAGGUUAAUGAAGAGUUCGAGAUCGUCUUCGUCUCUUCCGAUCGUAGCGAGAGUGACCUGAAAAUGUAUAUGAAAGAGUGUCACGGUGACUGGUAUCAUAUUCCGCAUGGAAAUGGCGCCAAACAGAAGCUUUCCACUAAAUACGGAGUUUCUGGAAUCCCAGCCCUUAUCAUCGUCAAGCCAGACGGUACUGAAAUAACCAGGGAUGGACGGAAAGAUGUUCAAAUGGGAACGAAUCCAAAGGCCAUCAUCGCCAAGUGGAAGGAUUAAGGAAAAUCUGCACUGAUUUUUUGCGAAGGAUUUUUGUUUAAGUAAUAACCAGCUAUCUUGUGUUCUUAAAGUUUUUCAAAUAAAAUACAUUUUAUAUUUUGUA